AUGACUUUACCCCCUAGUUAUCAUAGUAAGGGGGAGUCUCUUCCCAACGCUGUUUGCCAUUUACACAAGUCACUGUAUGGUCUCAAACAAGCGUCUAGGCAAUGGUUUGCCAAAUUUUCUUCUACUUUGCUCUCUCUUGGGUUCACACAGUCCCAAUCUGAUUAUUCCUUAUUUGUGAAGCAUUCAGACUCUUCUUUCACUGCCAUGCUAGUUUAUGUCGAUGACAUACUUGUUGUUUCUAACAAUUUUCAUGAAGUGCAGCACUUUACAUCUCUAUUGGACAUCAAGUUUAGGCUUAAAAAUCUCGGUCCAGCCAAAUAUUUUUUGGGUUUGGAGGUUGCUCGUUCCUCCAAGGGUAUCUCCUUAUGCCAACACCAUUAUGCACUACAAAUUUUAAAGGAUUCAGGCCUCUCUGGUUGCAAACCAAAAUCCACCCCAUUGGAAGUUAAGUCGAAGCUGUCAAAUCAUGAUGGGGAUCUUCUACCUGAUCCCACUAUUUUUAGAAGACUCAUUGGAAGAUUACUCUACUUAACCAUCACUAGACCUGACUUAUGCUUUGCUGUCAAUCACUUGAGCCAGUUUAUGGCUACUCCUCGGGUCCCCCAUCUCCAAGCUGCUCAUCGGAUUCUGGCUUAUGUCAAAGCCACACUUGGUCAGGGGUUAUUUUUUCCCUGUUCUUCAAUUGUUCAACUAAAGGUUUUUUGCGAUUCUGACUGGGCUUCCUGCUUGGAUAACAGACGUUCUGUUUCUGGCUUCUGCGUUUUUCUUGGCAAUUCUCUAAUAUCCUGGAAAUCGAAGAAGCAACAUACUGUUUCUCGUAGGUCUGCCGAAACUGAGUAUCGUUCCAUGGCUCAUGCCUCUUGUGAAAUCCUAUGGCUACUUAAUCUUCUCAAAGAUCUUGGUUUUUCGCACCCUUCUGCUGCACACAUGUUUUGUGACAAUCAAUCUGCCAUACAUAUUGCUGCAAACCCAGUUUUCCAUGAGCGUACAAAGCACAUUGAGAUUGAUUGUCACCUUGUCUGCGAUUGCAUUGUUCGUGGCACACUCAAGACUUUUCAUGUUCAAUCCUCUCAUCAACUAGCAGAUAUCCUCACAAAAGCUUUGCAUCCAUCACAGUUUUCCAAUCUUCUCUGCAAGAUGUGGAUUAUCAACAUCUACUCCCCAUCUUGA